CAAAAUAUUGCGCUAAAAGCCCAGAAGGCGAACCUAAACGUCUGAUCUCAAAAUUCGAGGCAAAAUUUAGUUUUGCUCGAAGCUAGGCCAUAAAUGAGCAUAGUGACCCGAAAUUUGUGGAAGAGGUCUAUUCUAUUCUCUCCUUCCAUCAGUUGGUCACUUACGUUUCAACGCGGAAAGAAAAUGGCAACAACUAAAUUAACCGAGGAGGAAAGAACCAAGUACUUAACUCCCUUGCAUGAAGCUGGAUGGACUUUGGUUAGCAACAGAGAUGCCAUUUACAAAGAAUUUAUUUGUCAAGAUUUUAACCAGGCUUGGGGAUUUAUGUCCAAGGUUGCACUACAAGCAGAAAAGAUGGAUCAUCACCCUGAAUGGUUCAAUGUCUACAACAAAAUCCAAAUCACCCUUUCCACACAUGAUGUUAAUGGACUCAGCCAAAAAGAUGUGAAACUUGCCAGUUUCAUAGAAAAAGUCAAAUCUACUUAGAAGUAAUCUUAGUGUAAGAUAUACUGAGUUUCUUCAAGAAAUGGUUGCCACCUUUU